GAUUUUCUAGUGAAAUUUACAUAAAUCACACAAUUUCACAACCAUUUCCACCACUCAUCACCGCUCCAUUCUUUUCCCCCUCGAAUGCAUGGUUUUCUCAAAACUUUAGGGAUCACUUAAAACUCCAACAGUCAUAACAAUUAUCUCUGUGUCAAUUAAAUUGGGGUUAUAGAACCACUCACCUUAAUUUCGCAUUCAUUACAAGAUGUUGCGACUACCCCUAGUGCGGGCAGCCGGUCUGUCGACAGGCAGAUUGCGAGUAGCUGGAAUCCAAAUAUCAGCGAACAAGUGUCAAGUAGAUCAAGACCUAGUCGAGCUCUUCAUCGAUGACAAACCAGUGCAAGUGCCACCUGGAACGACUGUCCUUCAGGCUGCAGCGAAAAUUGGAGUUGAGAUACCGAGAUUCUGUUAUCAUGAACGAUUGGCUGUUGCUGGAAACUGCAGAAUGUGUCUUGUAGAGAUAGAGAAACAGAUCAAGCCUGUUGCAGCCUGCGCAAUGCCAGUAAUGAAAGGCUGGCGUGUGAAAACAAACUCAGACUUGACUCGAAAAGCUCGUGAAGGUGUCAUGGAGUUCCUCCUUGUAAACCAUCCCCUUGAUUGUCCCAUCUGCGAUCAGGGAGGCGAGUGUGACCUUCAGGAUCAAAGUAUGGCAUUCGGAAACGAUCGAAGUCGAUUUACGGACAUCGACUUCAGUGGCAAGCGGGCUGUAGAAGACAAGGACAUUGGUCCCUUAGUGAAAACCACGAUGACUCGUUGCAUCCACUGUACCAGAUGCAUUCGCUUUGCUUCAGAAGUCGCUGGAGUCGACGAUUUGGGUACCACUGGGCGGGGUAAUGAUAUGCAAGUAGGGACAUAUGUGGAAAAGUUGUUCUUGUCUGAAUUAUCAGGGAAUAUCAUCGAUUUGUGUCCAGUGGGAGCUUUGACAAGCAAACCCUACGCUUUUGUUGCGAGACCUUGGGAGACUCGUAGAACAGAUAGCAUUGACAUCUCUGACGCUGUUGGAAGCAAUAUUGUGGUGUCCAGCAGAACUGGGGAAGUCUUGAGGAUCCUACCGAGAGUUAAUGAGGAAGUCAAUGAAGAAUGGAUCUCAGAUAAAGCGAGAUUCUCUUAUGAUGGAUUGAAACGUCAGAGACUCAUCACUCCUAUGAUGAGAGUCAAUGGUAAAUUGGAGAAUGUUGAGUGGGAAGAUGCUUUAAUGGCUGCAGCUCGUGGCCUCCAGGAUGUUCCAUCUGGAAAGAGUGCUGUCAUCACUGGGAAAUUGGCUGAUGCUGAAGCACUGAUGGCUAUGAAAGAUCUGCUUAAUAAAUUGGGUGGAGAGGUUCUCGCUACUGAGCAAAAUUUCCCCAAGGAAGGGUCUGGUAUCGAUUUGAGGAGCAAUUAUCUGAUGAAUAAUAGAAUCCAAAAUGUCGAGGAGGCUGACGUUGUAUUGCUCAUUGGAACUAAUCCGCGGUAUGAAGCUCCGUUGGUUAAUACCAGACUGAGAAAGGGAUAUCUCCAUGGUGAACAGACUAUUGGACUGAUUGGGCCGAAGGUCGAUCUUACUUAUGAUUAUGAGCAUUUGGGACAGUCAGCCAAUGUACUGGAUCAACUAAAAAGUGGUCAACAUCCAUUCAGUGAAACUCUAAAAAAAGCGAAGAAACCAUUAAUUAUCCUCGGAGCCGAGCAAUUUGGGCGGAAAGAUGGUGCAAAGAUAUUAUGUACAGCUCAAGAAUUGGCAAACACUCUUGGGAAUACAACAAAAGCUCCCACUGAUUGGAAAGUCUUGAAUGUUCUCCAUACAAAUGCUUCGCAAGUUGCCGCUUUGGACAUUGGGUAUGGAUCUACUCUAGAAGAUGUGAAGAGUCUUCAGCCAAAAGUAUUGUUCCUCCUUGGUGCUGAUGACUCGAACAUUACAAGAGAAGAAUUUCCGAAUACUUUCAUAAUUUACCUAGGAAGCCAUGGAGAUCGUGGGGCAACAAUAGCUGAUGUUGUCUUCGCUGGGGCUGCAUACACAGAGAAAACAGGCAGCUAUGUCAAUACUGAGGGUCGUGUACAGCAGACUGGUGCUGCUAUAACUCCCCCAGGAAUGGCACGUCCUGAUUGGAAGAUUCUUCGAGCUCUUGCUGAGUUCUCUGGAGUUGAAUUACCUUAUGAUACUAUUGCUGGCGUUCGGUCGAGACUUGAAGAGGUUGCUCCACAUUUAGUCAGAUAUGGUGAUGUUGAACCCGCGAAUUUUUUCACUCAAGCAUUGGAAUUAUCAAAGAAAACUGGAGGUUCGUUCCUCCAAAACCCAGUAGACAUAAAGCAAAAAUCCCUUGACCAGUUCUUCAGGACUGAUGUAAUCUCCCGAGCCUCCCCAACAAUGGCUAAAUGUGUCCAAGCAGUUCUCAAGGAACAUCAGCCCUAUUCCAACUAGAAAAGCUACUUUACGAUAAUUAAGUAAAACGUGUAAAUACGUAGGAUUCUGUUAUGGCUUAGUAUGAUUGGUUAUUUAUAAAUCAUGAUUUUUUAAUUUGAAACUAUAAAGGGAACCAUUCGGAGGAUGUCUAAAGUUAUGUAUGAUGAAAUCAUCCCCAAUAAAUGAUUAAAAAAUGUUAAUAUCAAUGAAAUGAUAACAGAAUUCAUAGAUAUUUUAUAUUUAAUGUUUUCGUCAACUGUACAUUAGUCACAAUCGAUAAUUCUCAGAUAAUAUUCAAAUAAAAUUACAAAGAAGUUAA